AUGGCCUCUGAAAACGAACUGAUUCGGGGGAAACCUCAGCAAAUAACGACCGCUAGCCGAGUACAUCACGACGAUGAGGAAGCAACCAGCGCUUCUUUGGAGUUUUGUGUCGCUCCUGAGGGUGGUCUCAAUGCAUGGCUUGUUGCCGCCGGUGGUAGUGCGAUCUUCUUUUGUUGCCUCGGCUUCUCAAAUUCAUUUGGUACCUUCAUCGAAUAUUAUAAGACCCACCAGCUCAAAGGCAACUCACCAGACAGCAUUGCUUGGAUUGGGUCACUGUCGCUCUUUCUGCAGUUUGCGGCGGGCGCCUUUGGGGGACCGUUGUUUGACCUCUUCGGGUCUUGGAGUAUCCGGCCCGCUGCAGUUCUCUACUUCUUUGCCAUCAUGAUGCUAAGUCUGUGCAAAACAUAUUGGCAGUUCAUGCUGGUGCAAGGCAUUCUUCAGGGCCUAGUAAUGGGCUGUCUCCAAUUUCCAGCAUUCGCAGCUGUAUCUCAAUACUUCGACAAGAAGCGUGCUGUUGCAUUGGGCGUCGUCGUCUCUGGAUCUUCGAUCGGCGGUAUCAUCAUCCCUCUUGUGGUAUCUAAGCUCCUGAACGGGUCCUCACUUGACUUCGGUUGGUCGAUUAGAAUCAUCGGGUUCCUUAUUCUGCCCUUCAUGAUUUUCGCUUGUGUGACCGUCACAGCCCGUCUGCCUCCGAGAAAGUCGACAUUCUGGCUGCCAAAGGCCUUCAAAGAAGCAAAAUACCUCAUCCUAAUUGCUGCUCUGUUCUUUAUGUUUUUCGGCAUGUUCACGCCGUUUUACUACCUUCCCACUUAUGCUGUCACCCGUGGUAUGAAUCCGACGUUGGCUGGCUACAUGCUUUCCAUCAUCAACGCAACAUCUACCUUUGGGCGCAUUUUACCGGCUUUGCUGGCUGACAAGUAUGGGCGGAUCAAUAUGUUCUCAAUUGGCGGCAUCGUCUGCGGAAUUACAAUAUUUUGUAUGGAUCUCGCAACUAAUAACACCGGUCUGAUUAUCUAUUCGGCAGUGUUCGGAUUUGCCUCUGGCACCAUUAUCUCUGGAGCUUCUGCCGCGUUCUCUGGCUGCUCCAAUGAUUCCCGUAACAUCGGUACCUAUAUGGGCAUGGGAAUGGCCAUCAGCGCAUUAGGUGGCCUUGUCGGUCCCCCGAUUAAUGGAUUGAUGGUCAGGCAAUUCGAAGGCUUCUACGAAGUAUCUCUACUUAGUGGUACGAUGUGUUUGACUGGCGGGCUCAUCGCCCUUUCAGCGAAGAUGUUUACUCCAGAGGGCCUCUGGGGAAUGGUUUAA